UGUUUUAGAAUGUAUGUACUCAGGCAUUCUUAUGUGUGUAUCGCGCACACCUUAUAAAGAACACAAGUUCCAAGGAGUAUGAAGUGCUAGAUUCGACUAAAAGCCUAGCUGGAGUGGCGGUGUUCUCCUCUCUUUUUCUGUGGAUUUUAACUAUUAUUUCCUGCUUUUAGGAUCUUUUCAAGGAAAUAUUACUUCUCUUUCUUGUAUAGUCAGAAAGCACAAGGGGCACGAUGUUAUUCCCAGGAAACUCCAGAUGGAACAAAUAUUUGGCAGGACCCUCAGAUCGUUCAUCAAACGAAAUGACUGUCAGGAGGAGCAGGUAUUCAUCGGUGCCACCAGGAUACUUCGCUAGCACUAAAGGACAUUCAGCACUAAGAAAAUGGUCAUAUGCCCCAACAUCCAGGGCUUCUCUAUACGAGGAUACCUAUAUCCCUGAGGUCAUCAGACCAAGAUCAUAUUAUGACACAUCCAGAGAGGAGAAUGAAAUUAGAAGAGGUGUCAACGAUGAGCUGAUUUACACAUCAAAUUUAAUGGACGACACCUAUGAUUUAGCAUCAAAAUCACGAAACAGAGACCAAAUUCUGCUGAGGGACGCCACAAGGGCACUCCCUUCGACGAUGCCUGCUAGCCAAGAUAAGAAGACUGCUUCUCUCACUCCAGCUAGGCGUUUUUCACCCCGCUCGACGUCUUCGAUAACACCAUCUUUUACAAAGAAACCAACUGCUUAUCCACGACUUGCCCCGCCAUUAUAUAGAGGAACAACUAACGUACAGCCGUUGGGCAUAUUAACAAAGCUUGAUUGGACGUCCCCAUUACAAAAGUACCAAAGUCCCGAGCUAUAUAACGGAGACGAUAUGUCGGAAAUCUCCUCAUACACGACCCCAACACAGAGUGAAAGAUCCUCCCCUGAACGAGAUGACGGGACUGUGCCACGUAGAUAUAAAGCACGAAGAUUACCACAUAGAAAAGUUGGUAAUUACUAUAAGAAAUUAGUGCAAAGACGAGAGGCACGCCCAGGAACAAAUCCAAAAUAUUAUCCUUAUUUAGAUGUUGAAUCUAUUGCAUCGAAUGAUGCUGGUGACGUCGUAUCUAACGGUGAGUAUUAUGAUGACGACGACUACCAGAGUGUCACUGAUGGCGGGGAGGGGGAUUAUUAUUAUGUAAACAGAGAAAGGUCACCUUCUCCAGUUGAAUAUAUCCCCUUUGGGCCACGCAGUAGAAUGAAUUUUGAUAGUGAUGAUUAUAAAUGUCAAGUUCCGAGUAUGACCGAUUUUGCUGUAUCACAUUAUAUUCCGUCCAAAAAGGAACCAGAUUUUGAUCCGGACAAAUCACGAAUAAAAGACGACCUUGUAUUUCACGACGUUGUCGCACACACAGCCCACAAGGCUCGCGAAGCAUUAAAACAUGUGGAUUUAGAUCAGUAUGAUAAUGCUAGUUUGGUAAUAAGCGUGGAAGGUGAAUAUAAAGAUCCCAUUAAGGGAGAAAAUAUGGGAUUUCACUACAUAGCACGUCCACUUACACUAAAGGGUCCAAUGCUUGCCGGUCCGGCGACAUAUGCAUCAACUGCAUCUGAUUCUGCAUUCAGUAGGUAUAUGGAUGACUCGAGAGCAUUCAGAGCAGAAGUAAGAAAUAGACUUGAGACUGGCUAUAAAACCUUAGGCGAGGUUGCAUCAAAAUAUAAGAGUCAUUCAUAUCCAAUCAUUACAUCUUCUCAUAGAAAUUUUUCACGGGCUUUAUCACCGGUACGAAGUUCGUCACAUAUUCCUAGAUGUUCCUCACCUGUGCGAUAUUCAUCUGAGUCUUUACCCAUUAGUAAUCUACGAAAACGCCUACAGGACAUUGAAAACAGGUUUAAAGCAAGCGGGUAUGGAAAACGCCUAGACCCGGACAUACCUGAUACAUUGGUGGUAUACCCUGUAUCACAAAAAGAAAGCAUAAAGGCUCUCAACGACCAUUUACCUGGUCACACUAACACCGUGGAACUGUAUCAAGGAAGUGCAAAAGGCACUGAACUGUCAACUUUGGAAAAAAUCAAUAUCAAGGCUGCACUUGUCGGAAAUAAAGUCGAGAUUUCAACCCCACACCGAAGAAGGCCAAAGUCCACAUAUGCUGCUAAUAAAAUGAGGGAGCUGAAAAGAGAGGAACGUGAAUAUGAGGUUGAAGCUAUUCCAACACAAAUAACAACAGGAUUAAAAGCUACUACUGUGUCACCACUCUACGGUGGAAAGUCACACUGGGAUGAAGAGGGCAAAGUAACAAAACCAAAAAACCUCAUGUCAUGGAAGUAUCGCAUUGAAUCCCGUGUUCCUCCUGGUGAUUACUUUUUCCCCAUAAAGACGAUAGGUCAUGUACGAGACAAGCUUCUUCACGUUAAGGAACAGAUGGACCGCCAUAAACAACUUAUGGAUAGAUAUCUACCUGACGAGGACUCACAGACUGACGUAAAAACAAAAAUUAUGAAUAUGUAUGUAGACAUGGAACAACAUAAUCCUUAUCUUUUCAGAGGAAGGGAAGGUUUAAUAACAACAAAAUCAUGUGAAAAUUCACCACCCAGUAGCAUUCUGCGAUCUCCAACGCCACGUAGGGCUGCCCCUACUGCAACGAUAAAACCUUCAGAUGGUUAUCAGCCGAUGUCCGAUGUCCGUCGACGAGUAAGGAGGGUCAUUUGUAAGAAUAGAGGAAAUCCACGAUUUUUCAAGACUGACUGAACAUUGUUGUUGAGUAUGAGAUACUGAGACGGGAGCGUUCAAAGGACAUUUCGAUAAUAUCUGGAAGGAGGAGCCAAUCACCUAGGACAUUUCAUUGAAACUGCCAUAAACACAUCUUUAAGCAGCGAUUUCUGACUUUAAAAACUUUUGGAUGUAAUUUAUUUGUGCUUUUAUCUGUAUUGCCCUGUCUCUCGUUUAAAAAUGUGUGCUUACGUUGAUACACAAAACACUGAUGUUCAGAAGAUGUUCUUUUUGUACAAGGACACAUUUCGAUAUGAAGACGGGACAAUUAUCAAGCGAAGUGAACCGUAUCAAUAAAAAAUUAGAAAAUGCGACUGAAAUUAACUGUAAAUUAGAUAAGAUUAUAUUAUAACUUAAGAAUAUAUUGUACAAAAUGGAUAUAUUAUAUAUUUAUUUAUAAGAUUUAACUUCUGAUAUCAAUUUAAUAUAUUUUAAUAAACAAAUGUUAUACGUAUAUGUUUUAAAACUUCUGUGAUACUGUAGUGUUACUGUCACUUGCGGUUUGUUGGUCUAAUGACAACUAUUGUACGAAAGAAUUGCUAUAUUAAAUCGUCUUUUGCGUA